GUCAUGGAUGAUGAGGACGAUCGCCGUCUUCUGGAUAUUAUAGGGUAAAUCUAUCUAGAACACAUAAAUCACAAACACUAUAACACAUCUACAAACAUCUAACUCUUAAGGCAUUAGUAAUGGCAAGUGGAACCGAUAAGUCUGUUGCCCACGGGUUACGAAUGUUAACUAAAUAGCUUUUUUUUUUUAAAGUGAAAUUCAGAUGAUCUCUGACUCAAGCUCUCUCCCUCCUUCUGUCCUCCAGGGAUGUGCAGGCGUUGAAUGACUACCUCCACGGCUCCACCAACAAGUCUGUGAGUGUCUCCCCCUCUGGUCUACUAGUUCAUCCAUGCCCAUUUCAAGUAAUAUAAUAUUUAAUGAAGUUAGCACGCUGCUUUGUGAUACAGGUGAAGUGACGUGUAUUUUCUCCCUCAGAUUGAGGAGGAUGACGUGACGAACGCAGCGUACGGCUCUGCCGGAACCUUCUUCACCAGUAACACUGUGAGUAGAAGUAACUCUGCACUUACCUGCUGGUAAUGGGUUUAUAAACUGAUGGAGCCUGCAUAGUUAUAAAGUGUUCUCUUUCUCUCAGGCUGGCUCUAACUCCGGCCUCAAAGAUGAAGAGUUUGAGGAUUCAGCGAGGGUGGGCCUCCAGCUUUCCAGCAGCCUAUCGUUCAUUGAGGACGAGCUGGGGGGAGAAGCUUCUCCAGGAGGAAUGGAUCUUGGCGGAGGAGAGGACCAGCCCUUUGACAUCCUGCAGAAGUCUCUCAUGGAGGCAGACAUCACUGAACAGACUCUGGAACAGGAGGCCAUGCUAGACUCUCAACCACCUCCCCCUCCUCUACCCUCGGCCCCCUCCCCAUUCCCCCCCCAGCUGGUCUCGGGGGGGUACGGUGGCGGGGUCACUACAACGACAGCGGCGUUUCCCAGUGGUCAGUUCCUCCAGGGCAUGUCCCAGCUGCCCAAUGGCCAGGCAGGGGGGCACAUCCAGGUGUUGGGGUCCUUCGGAGGGGGAGGGGUCCAACAGAUCCUCCUCCGGCAGGGUGGGGGGGUAGGGGGGGCGGUGGGGGGAGUAGCAGCAGGGGGGCAGGUGUUCGCCACCCCCUCCCCAGCGGCCCAGGUGAACCAGGUGGGCUUGCCCUUUAAGAACAUCCCCCUGCAGAAUAUCAUCAUCCAGAGAGGACCAGGGGGCGCCCAGGCCCUGGUCAGACCUAUCCAGCCCAAACCCCUUCAAGCUGGGGCUCAGACAGUCUACAGCCUGGGACUUCAGACCACAACCACCACCAUGGUUAACACUGCGGCCCAGGGACACUACACAGCUAACGGCUCCAUCCUGGUCCACUCUCCCUUGGGGCAGCAGAACCAGGGACAGCAAGGCCAGGCCAACCUGCCCCCAGGGCAGUACCUGGUCCACCACAAUGGCCCCUCAGACCCAUCCCAAUCAACCCUGCUAGCCAAUCAGAACACAGUCCAGCUCAUCGCCGGGCAGAACUUCACAGCGACGGCGGGAGGUCAGCUAAUCCAGGUGGGAGGCAGCCAGGUGGGAGUAGGAGGAGCCAUGACCCAAACAUGGCAGAGUUUUCCUGGUACAAGCCCUGCCCCAGUCCAGGCGGCAUCAAAUCAGGGGCGUCUGACGCUGGUUGGCACAGCAACUGGGGUUAGAGGGCAGGUGUCGGGCAGCCCAGUGCAGCGCCUCGUACUGUCUCAGACUCAGAACAGCAGCUCCCUCUCCCCCCUGUCUCUCUCUGGUACUGCCACACAGGAACAGGAGUACACACAGGUACUAACUACAACUCUCUUUCUCACUUAAUUAUUACCCUCUUUGGAUGCGUUUCUAUAAUAUGUUUUUGUAAUGUUUUGUUCUCCAAUUCCUCAGGACAAGCAGGCUCAGACACAGCUCGUCAACCUCCUUGGAAACAAAGGUUUGUGUUUGUGUGUGUGUGUAGUUGUUAUAGAUGUAUAUAAUCCCCUCUCCUGACAUCUGUUUCUCAUUUGUCUCAUAGCUGUGAAAACAAUGACCUACAUCAGCCAAGACGCCCCGCUAAACACACAGGUAUUCUACAUGUUAUACACUGUAUGUGUACCUCCUACUAUAGUAAGUGUUUGGGCGCUAAGCAAUUUAUUUAAAUGGUGUAGUAUGAAAAAUGUAUGCACUCACUAACUGUAAGUCGCUCUGGAUAAGAGCGUCUGCUAAAUGACUAAAAUGUAAAUGUGUGUGUGUGUGUGUAGGUCUGUGGUGGUCAUAAAAUGUUAGGUUACGUGCAGUUAUGUUGUUAAUAUGCCAGGUAGGCAACACCGUUUGUAAAGUUGAUUCAUGUGCUUAAUUUUUUAGAAUUGAGCAAUAAAUAUAGCAGCACGAGAAAGCUGGGAUCUUCUUUUAAAUAGUGUCCAGUUAAAACUCUGUUUUCACACGCGAUUGCACAAUGACUGGGCUUAUAAGAACACAUGUUUCACUAGGCUCUGUAGGCUAUGGGCUCUCCAACAGUGUUCCAGGGGUCUUGGGCCUAAAGGCUACGUUUGGAGUUAUUUGCCACUUUAGUUUUGAUACAAACCUUAUCAUAACAUAUAGGCCUAUGAUUCGAAAAAGUAUGAAAAAAUGCAUGCGCUGUUUCUGGCCUUAGACUGCACAAGCUGGACAUCAUUCACAAGUGAUAAUAUUUUCACCCAUCAGACUAUUCUCAAUUGAAUCUUGUCUUUAUAUAUAUACUAAAGAAUAUAUGUGAAAUUAGUUUAGAUUUAAAAUGGGCCAUUAUCAUUCACCUGUCAGAACAGGGGCAGGGUAAAAAAAUACAUGUAAUCCGUAUGCACUUGAAUAGCCAAUGGAAUACUCUUUUCCCAUGGUUCAUUUUCAUGCCAGUCAUGUAGGCUGCUCCGAUUGUAAAGCGAAGCAAUGUGCUUAUUAUUAUUUUUAGUUUCCAUCUAAACUCAAUUGCAUAGCCUAUAGAAAUGUUGCGCAACAUGGGCUUACAGCCCUAUGUGUGUGGUGAUGAUGAUGGUAUUGAAAUGUGUCUUUUGUAGGUCAGCGCUCAGAAGAGGCCGGCCCCUCAGCAGCUCUCCAGAGGAGGAAUGUAAGUAGUGUGUGUGUAUGUUUAUAGAUGCUGUGUGUGUGUGUGUGUGUGCGCGCAUGCAGUGUCUAGUGAAAGUCUACACACCCCUUGCACAGUUUUCACAUUUAGCCUUAAACGUCCAAUGCAGCCGUUUUUAUCUCAAUAUCAAAUCAUUUCUGGAUAACAAUUAAGUACCUUACUGUGAUUGUUUUAAAUUAAAAUGGUCAAAAAUAAACAAAAAUAGCAAGAAUGGCUUUCUAAGAGGUGUUGAGUGUUCCUGUAUUGUCCAGUCUCCGUCCUGACUUAAAUCUUCUUAAAAUAAUCAGAGGCAAGGUUUCAAUAUUGCUGUCCAUCAAUGAUUCCCAACCAAACUUACUGAGCUUGAGCAAUUUUGACAAAAACAAUGGAUAGAUGUUGCCCUAAGAGUUGUGCAAGGUUGGUAUAAUCUUAUUCAAAAUGAUUCACAGCUGUAAUGGCUGCCAAAGGUGCUUCCACCUAAGUAUUUACUCUGGGGUGUGAAGUCCUACGUAAUCAAUACAUCCUCAUUUUGUAUUUCUUAGUCAUUUGGAGAAUUUUCUAGAAUUUUUCUUUCACUUUGGAUUGGUUUUUAUUUAUCCUUUUUAGAUUAAAUUUUAAGGCAGCAAAAUGUGCAGACUGUGCAAGGGGUGUGUAGACUUUCACUAGCGACUGGAUAUGCGUGUGUCAGUGGUGUACUGCAGUUUUGCUGGGUCCCCCUUGGGGGGCUGAGGGAGUGUGUGUGUGAUACGUGUACUGUGUGUGUCUCUCCAGGAUGCUACAGCAGUUGAGGAUGGAUCAUUCUGGGGUUCUGUCACCUGACAUCGCCCGCUUCACCUCAUUGGAUGACGCACUGCACAGACUCCUCCCCUACCACGUGUUCCACGGAGCUCCGCCCAACAAGGAAGAGUUUUCCCAAGGUCAGCUGUUUGUUCACCGAAAGUCAGACACUAAUGGGGUUUUCCAACAGCAAGGCUCAGAUCAACAUGGCAGUCUUGUCAUUGUUUAUGAAAGGUUUUCUUUAUAAUGUUGAAAUAAGCAUGUAUCUAACCCCCAUAUCACACACUCACAAACUGAAAUCAUAAUAUAAUAUAAUAUUGUGUGUACACAUUGUACAAUCGAUUAGUGAGAGAGAGCCUCAAAUAUCACAUUUAUUUGAAUAUAUCCACUGCACACACAAAUUCCGGCAAAUUGGUUCCUGUUUCAGUCAUGUCUUUGGUCACGUUCGCGUGGGUAAAACAAAAAUUCCCUAAUGAUUGGUUGAUAUUAGAGCCUCCCACAAUGCAGGCGAUGGCUGCAUGGCGCAGUUUGGGAAAAUCAACUGAAGAAACUUGCAGUCAAAACGUCAUUACCUUUGAUAACAUGAUUUUUGUAAAGUUCAUGGAGUCGACAUGUAGGUGUGACGGACGUCACGCUGCUUGCUUAGUGAGUACCACUUCCUCCUGAUUCGGCUAACACUGAGGUUUGAACCCAGGACCUGUGCCUUGCUAGCACAUGUGACCGCCCUCCUGAAGUGUCUUACCAGUCAACCCCACUCAAAUAGCUAGCUAUUCGCUGGCGUAAGUGGGGACACUUCAGGCUGAGGAGUACGUUUUAUACAAACCCAUGUGCUACAUAGGUGCCAGUCGGACAAUUCUUAUCCCCAGAAUGCAACUGCGGUCACCAAUGAUAGUCAUCGACUUGACAAAAGUGAUCUGCUCGAACGCGCCCAUUGAGAUGAGCAUGAUGCAAGGCUUUGCUCUCACACAGUCACACAGAGUAUCUGCACAUGUGCGCAGGUGCGCUUCAUGCUGCUACAACGUGGUAGCUACGAGACCAAAACAGCUGAGGGUUUAGCCUUGCGCUUCAACACUCCUGGUUGUUGCGGAAAUUGACCCACUACUACUGUUUACUUCGUGUAUCUACGUCAUCUUGCGUCAUCUCCCUAAAUCUACCUUUAAACUUAACCUGACCUAUCACCUUAUGUAUUACUGCCUCACAGUGGCAAGAAGUGACAUCCCAAAAAACACGAAAACGAUACAACACAUACAUGGCUCCUAGCCUCCCAUGGAUACAGUAGAUAGGUUACUUUCUUUACUAACACUAAAACUACAACUGAAACUAAAUAAUAUAAAAAACCUAAAUGGAAAUGUUUUUAUAAAACUUUAACUAAAUAAAAACUAGUAAAGUGGAUCUGAAAACUAACUGAAACUAAACCGAAUAAAAAAACAACAACUUAAAACUAAAAGAAAUAAAAGCUCAUAUAAAAACACAAAACUAUAAUAACCUUAAUUCCUAAUGUGAUGAGUAGAUUGGAUAAUCAUAAUUUAGGCUAAUAAUAUAACUCACUGUUUGCAAAAAUGCAUGGCUGAGCACGUAGUGGUGUAGAGUAGGCCUAGCCUGUAAAUCAAAUCAAAUAUUAUUUGUCACAGGCUUCGUAAACAACAGGUGUAGACUAACAGUGAAAUGCUGACUUAUGGGUCCUUUUCCAACAAUGCAGAGUUAAAGAUUUUUUUUUAACAAUAACAUCUAAAAAUAACAUUUUUAGACAGUAGCAGCAGCGUAUGUGGUGAGUGUGAAAGUGUGUGUAUGUGAGUGUGUGGCGUCAGUAUGCAUGUGUGCACGUGUUAUGUGUGUGUGGGCGUAUGUAGUGUGUGUUGGGGUGUCAGUGUAAGUAGUGUGAGUGUGUGGGUACAGUCCAGUGUGUGUGCAUAGAGUCAGUGCAAGAGAGUUAGUGCAAUAAAAGGUCAAUGCAGGUAGCCAUUUGAUUAACUAUUUAGCAGUCUUUUUUAGCUGUCUUAUGGCUUGGGGGUAGAAGCUGUUCAGGGUCCUGUUGGUUCCAGACUUGGUGCACUGGUACCGCUUGCCAACAGUCUAUGGCUUGGGGGUCUGUGUAACACUUAUCAAUCUAACGAUCUAAUACACUCGUUGAAAUUGAACAAUAGAAUAUUUGUUUCUAUGUUUCAAUUUCAAAAUGUUCUGGUCCACUUGUUCAAAUUGAGUAAUAGAAAGUGGGUUUAAAAUGUUUACAUUUCUAAUUUUUCUACCCUGUAAAAUGUUCUAGUUGACCUUUUUUUGUUUGAAAAAUGAAAGUUGAAAUAUUAGUGUGGCUGGAAAAAUUGGGUGAUUUCUAACACUGGUUGAAGUGGAUGCUACCACUUCAGUGUGGGGGGAGAUUAGCCUUGUCUACACUGUAAAGUGGUAAAUUAAUGUUGUCCUUGGAGUCGAAGUCUCACACACACACACACACACACAGUGAUUAUUUAUUUAUAUAAAGCCUAUGAUCAUUGAUCAUCAUUGAUCUAAUAGGCCUAUUUAGAUCAAUUAUUAUUUCAAUAUAUUCAAACAGCGCCUAAGAUUAGCUCCUUUGCCUCUCCUCCCACAGACAUGUUUGCGUAAAAUCCCUGCUUCACUCCUCCCACAUCCGUUGGAUAUAAUGCAGAUAGGCUAUAGUCUAAUUUACUUUCACUUGCCCACUGUAACGUACUAUUAGCCUACAGUUUAGGAUAAUGGGCUGCAAAAUAGGAGUGUUGUAGUGAAUUUGGAGGGCAGCUCAACAUGGGACACAUACACACGCAUAGCCCCUGGUCUCCAGAAUCCCAAUAUACAGUAAUUUGUUUCAUUGGGUGUGCUCAUGUUGCCUACUAGCCUACGGUCGUUAGAAGGAUAGUUGCCAUAAGGGGGAAAUACUACUGUUAAAGCUGCAAUAUGUAACUUUUUGGGCGACCCGACCAAAUUGACAUAGAAAUGUGAGUUAUAGAUCUGUAAUUCUCAUUGAAAGAAAGUUUAAGCAGUAGAUCUGUUCUAUGUGCGCUAUUUCUUUGCUUCCCGUAAAGUUUUGUUUUUGUGUCUGUUACUUUCGUUUUUGUCUGAAAAUACAAUAUUUUUGGUUAUUUGAAAAUUAUAUUUCACAGCGGUUUAGAUCGUACAAUAAAAUUAGGCAAACUAUCUCUGCAGUCAGUGACAGUGCCAAGUGUUUUUUGGUUGUGCUCAUAAUGCAACAUGGCCAUUAGAAGCGUGUAUGCCUAUAAGUUGCCAGGGAAAAACCUGGUGUGUGUGUGUGUGCCAAACCUCACCUCAGGACCAGUCCGUGACUCGCAGCGCUCGUCUUUACCCGCUGUCCUGUCUGGUGUGUGUGUGAGUGAGUGUGAGAGAGAUUUCUCCUCCAAAGGACCACAUUAAUUUACCACUUUGGAUGAGCAGGGUCUCUCCCUGUGCACUGUAAUGGUAGCAUCCACUUGAACCACGUAUUUAGAAAUCACCCAGUUUUCCUAACCGCACCAAUAUUUAAACUUUCAUUUUUCAAACGGCACAAGGUACAUUUGAAAAUUUAAAAAAACUAUAUCAAAAUCUACAUUUUACAGGGUAGAAUAAUGUGAAACUGAAGUUUCUUAACUCUGUUUCUAUUUUUCAAAUUUCCGAGUGGAUCAGAAAAUGUAAACAUUGAAACUAAUAUUCUAUUAUUCAAUUUCAACUAUCGUAUUACAUCAUUGGAUUGAUAAGCGUUACAUGCACCCUUGGGUGGCUGGAGUCUUUGAAUUUUAUUUGGGCCGCAUAUAUCAGAUACGUUUCUUCUCUUAUCUUUGCAGGGGGAAAAUUUGGCCUUUUAUAAACACAUUUCAUGCAAUUCUACUACACUUUAUAUGACUGGAGCAGAAUAAUUUUUAAUAUGACAAAAAUUACAGGGUAGCCUACUCUGCUGACACUGACAAAGAGAUGAAUAAAAACGUCGUUGUCUAAUCCAUAUAAUAGGCCUACUAGAAGGGGAAACACAAAUACAAUGUGACGUCCAUCUGACCUGGAAGAGGAAAUUAUUGUCCAAAUACACUUUCAAGUGGCACUGACCCAACAAUGAUAAAGAGUGAAUAUGCACACUCACCGUGGAUGUAGCCGAUGUUCUCCGCUGGGGCCAAUAAGAUAGGCCAGGGUUCCCCAACUGGUGAUGUUUUAUUUGGCCCCCAAAUUUUCUGAGAAGAAACAACAAUGAUAUAUCAAUGAUAUAUGUAUAUUUUCUAAUUGACUGUAAAAACACAAGCAAAUUAGCUCCAAGUGAUUUUAAUGCUGGCAGAGUCAGGAUUUGGCACAAGUAGCAUGAGUCCAUGGCCCCAUCCUGCCAGGUGUCAACGGUACAGGCUGGUAGCUGUGGUGUAAUGGUUUGGGGAAUGUUUUCCUGGCACACGUUAGGUCCCUUGAUACUCGUUUAGCAACGUUUCCAUGCCCCAAAUCAUUCAGGCUGUUCUGGAGACAAAGGGGGUUCCGACCUGGUACUAGAUGGGUGUACCUAAUAAACUGUGUAUGUGAUCGUAUUCAAAUAUGCAAGCAAGGUUUUAAAUGAUUAUGUUUUAGUCAAAUAUUAUAUCUGUUUGGGCUUCUUGCAGUCAAUUUGCAGUCUACAAAUUAUUUGUGAUUAUGUUCCGGCCCCCUGACCAUCCGCUCAAGAAAAAAUCAUCCCACGGCUGAAUCUAGGUAAUGAUCCCUGAGUAGGCUAUACUGUCCGUUAAAUUAAGUUGCGAAUUUUGAUAACUAAAAGACAGAUUAGAGUCUUUUCAUUGUCUUCUCUUUACAGCAACGUUUUGGUUUUUGCCCUAGCAUUACACAGCUGAUUCAAAUAAUCAAAGCUUGAUGAUUAGUUGAUUAUUUGAAUCAGCUGUGUUUGUGUAUUUGGACAUUUGCUUUCCAAACUAUGUUUUCCCGCAGUUGUAUUUUGAAAUAUUGCAAUGGGCCUAUGCCUGGCUGGGCCUCUCUACUUUUCACUGACAGUCGCAACUCAACCAUCAUCUAUUUGGUAUUUGCCGUGUGCACUGCCCAAAUUGUGGGCCCUUCCGCUGGAGGCAAUGUAAUUUUAAAACAAUCCACAGCUUCUUUUUUUUAAAGAAGCUAAUAAUUCUCUGUGGCCAAAUCAUGCGUUCUGGUGUAGUAGCCUAUUUUUUAUGUUUUUAUUUAUUUCUGUGAUAGACUUAUUAGGCUUUAUAAUUUUGGCAAUUGAAUUCAAUUUACUUUAGGGGAAGCUUAGCCAUAUGGACGCGCCACCUUUGUUGCCCUAGAAUACUAAAUAAACCCUUUCUCACCAGAAUAAUGUCUUUAAUGAUAGAAUGAAUGCUUCAAUCUAGUUGACAUCGGUAAAGUUGUCUUUCGUCUCUGAUUCUCUCGCGCAGCAAAGAUGUUUAAGGACCGGGGAGAAAAUGCAAUAAUAAUAAAUUAAAAAAUCAGUUUAACCGGUUUUAAGGAAAUUAAAAGCUGUGAAAACGACCAAACGUUUCUGAUAAGAUUUCAGUUCGGCUUGGUUACAUAUUUUAUGUGGUUGAAAUACUAUCAGCUUUUAUGAUGCUGAUAAAGAUAGCACUUUACAGACGGUCCCUAUCGCUCAUUCACAUUCUCUCAAGAUGCUGAAUGAAAUAAAUCAUAUUUCUCCACUCCUGUUCCUGAGUCAAAAUGUAGAUUUUGUAUAUGAAUUUGUAUAGCGCCUCACAAUCCUUACACAUAUCAUAGCUGGCACUGCUAUCAUCCUAAUUUACCACUUCACCAAAUCUUCCCCAAACAUUAAGCUACUGUUCUGGCCUCCCUACUAUUUAUUUUCAACUCUCCAUUUCGCAGCUUUUCUGAAUUGCACAAUAAUGAUACAUUUAUGGAUUUUUAAUGCAUUGUUUUCUUUUUAUUCAACCCGCCUGCCAGCCACCCAUCUGCUUUUCAUCCACACCAUAUUUCAUGACCCUAAACCCGCCCGCCCUGCGGAUAUAACCGCAGGGACUGCAGGUUAUGUGUCAACCCGUGCAUCACUAGUGUGUGUGUGUAACCACUGUGUUCUGUCUCUUAACAGUGGAUGAUGAGUUUGAGUCGAUGGCGACUCAGGUAUUGAAGAGGACCCAGGUCAUGAUCAACAAAUACAGACGACUGCUGAUGGUGGAGGCUGAGGUGAGUACGCACACACAAUUAUUUUUAAUCUUUGAAAAGUGUAAGGUUGUUGCUAAGGAAGUCCCUUCCCCUCCCUGCAGCGCUCCAGUCCCUCCUCAGAGAUGGUGAUGAUUGACAGGACCUUCAACCAAGAGGAGCGCCAGAACCUGACACAAGACAAACGUAUGAUACUGGUGGACCCAGGUGAGGAGGCGGGACAUGGCAUGGGUGUGGACCAUUUAAAAAGUGUGGAACAUUAUUUUUCUCAUCAUCAUCUCUCUCUCUCUCUCUCCCCUCUCUCUUGAUCUCUCCCUCCAUAGAUGGCUUCUUGGAAGAUUUCUGCUGUGGGGUGAAGCCGUCUCCCCUCUCUCCCCCCUGCCUCCCCUUGGACCCUCUCUCCUCCCCCUCGUCCAGCCACGGCGGUAGACAGACAGGGAAGGGGGCAACCACAGACCCCCCUUACAGGACAGACCCCCAGUCGGGCUAUGGAGACCCAGGGGGAGGCGGGGGAGGAGGGGGAGGAGGAAUAGACUCUUUUAAGAGUAUCAUGGACCUGAAGAGGACUCAACAUAGCAACUAUGGAAACAAAGCUGCCUCUAGCAACAACAGCAACUAUCACCACGGCAAUGUGGCUGCUACUGCCACAGCGGCGAUGUCGACAGGGGCGGUACAGACUCAGUUCCUGUCUCACCUGUCCUCCUCUCACCCCCAGGCCCCCCUGCCCCUCCCUCCCAC